AUGAUGCUUAUGACUGGAAAUGGUUCCCGACCACAGGCGUUAGUGAUUAGUGAUUUUAAUAAUGAUGGUCUAAUGGAUAUUGGCGUCGUCAAUUCACUUACUCACAGUAUUGGUAUUUUUCUUGGAUAUGGUAAUAUAUCUUUUACAAAUCAAGCGACAUAUUCAACUCGUCCAUAUUUAUCUCCAUGCACUAUGGCUGUUGGUGAUUUGAACAAUGAUACUCGAGUGGAUAUCGUUUUUGGUAGUUGUAACUCGGAUAAUAUUGGUGUUUUUCUUGGAUAUGGCAAUGGCUCGUUUGGAAAUCUAAUGGCGUAUUCAACAGGUUCAUAUUCGUCUCGAUACUCUCUAGCUGUUGGUGAUCUUAACAAUGAUACAAUACAAGACAUUGUCAUCGCGAAUCAUGACAACAACAAUCUAGGUGUAUUUCUUGGACAUGAAUUAAUGCUUAUUCCAUCAGUUGCUUAUCGUUAUCAUUCUAAUCAAAUAGAAUCAACAGAUAACGAUUCUACUUCUGAUAAUUGGAUUCUCUAUGCACCAGAUUAA